UUAAGCCAAAGCCCUGACUAGCUAAGGAGUUGCCUGUAGGAAUUAACCAGAACAAAAUCCUGAUUAAACAGCUAAUUGGCUUGUCUACUAAAGAAAAGGAAAACAAAGUACAUUUCUCUACCUUAAGGCACAGUCAUAAAUACAGAGGGUUUUAAGAACCACCUCAGAGAAGAUGUUUAAAUCGCUGACAAAAGUCAACAAGGUGAAGCCUAUAGGAGAGAACAAUGAGAAUGAACAAAGUUCUCGUCGGAAUGAAGGCUCUCAUCCAAGUAAUCAGUCUCAGCAAACCACAGCACAGGAAGAAAACAAAGGUGAAGAGAAAUCUCUCAAAACCAAGUCAACUCCAGUCACGUCUGAAGAGCCACACACCAACAUACAAGACAAACUCUCCAAGAAAAAUUCCUCUGGAGAUCUGACCACAAACCCUGACCCUCAAAAUGCAGCAGAACCAACUGGAACAGUGCCAGAGCAGAAGGAAAUGGACCCUGGGAAAGAAGGUCCAAACAGCCCACAAAACAAACCGCCUGCAGCUCCUGUUAUAAAUGAGUAUGCUGAUGCCCAGCUACACAACCUGGUGAAAAGAAUGCGUCAAAGAACAGCCCUCUACAAGAAAAAGUUGGUAGAGGGAGAUCUCUCCUCACCCGAAGCCAGCCCACAAACUGCAAAGCCCACGGCUGUACCACCAGUAAAAGAAAGCGAUGAUAAGCCAACAGAAGAACAUUACUACAGGCUGUUGUGGUUCAAAGUCAAGAAGAUGCCUUUAACAGAGUACUUAAAGCGACUUAAACUUCCAAACAGCAUAGAUUCAUACACAGAUCGACUCUAUCUCCUGUGGCUCUUGCUUGUCACUCUUGCCUAUAACUGGAACUGCUGGUUUAUACCACUGCGCCUCGUCUUCCCAUAUCAAACCGCAGACAACAUACACUACUGGCUUAUUGCGGACAUCAUAUGUGAUAUCAUCUACCUUUAUGAUAUGCUAUUUAUCCAGCCCAGACUCCAGUUUGUAAGAGGAGGAGACAUAAUAGUGGAUUCAAAUGAGCUAAGGAAGCACUACAGGACUUCUACAAAAUUUCAGUUGGAUGUCGCAUCAAUAAUACCAUUUGAUAUUUGCUACCUCUUCUUUGGGUUUAAUCCAAUAUUUAGAGCAAAUAGGAUGUUAAAGUACACUUCAUUUUUUGAAUUUAAUCAUCACCUAGAGUCUAUAAUGGACAAAGCAUAUAUCUACAGAGUUAUUCGAACAACUGGAUACUUGCUGUUUAUUCUGCACAUUAAUGCCUGUGUUUAUUACUGGGCUUCAAACUAUGAAGGAAUUGGCACUACUAGAUGGGUGUAUGAUGGGGAAGGAAACGAGUAUCUGAGAUGUUAUUAUUGGGCAGUUCGAACUUUAAUUACCAUUGGUGGCCUUCCAGAACCACAAACUUUAUUUGAAAUUGUUUUUCAACUCUUGAAUUUUUUUUCUGGAGUUUUUGUGUUCUCCAGUUUAAUUGGUCAGAUGAGAGAUGUGAUUGGAGCAGCUACAGCCAAUCAGAACUACUUCCGCGCCUGCAUGGAUGAUACCAUUGCCUACAUGAACAAUUACUCCAUUCCUAAACUUGUGCAAAAGCGAGUUCGGACUUGGUAUGAAUAUACAUGGGACUCUCAACGAAUGCUAGAUGAGUCUGAUUUGCUUAAGACCCUGCCAACUACGGUCCAGUUAGCCCUCGCCAUUGAUGUGAACUUCAGCAUCAUCAGCAAAGUAGAUUUGUUCAAGGGUUGUGAUACACAGAUGAUUUAUGACAUGUUGCUAAGAUUGAAAUCCGUUCUCUAUUUGCCUGGUGACUUUGUCUGCAAAAAGGGAGAAAUUGGCAAGGAAAUGUAUAUCAUCAAGCAUGGAGAAGUCCAAGUUCUUGGAGGCCCUGAUGGUACUAAAGUUCUGGUUACUCUGAAAGCUGGGUCAGUGUUUGGAGAAAUCAGCCUUCUAGCAGCAGGAGGAGGAAACCGUCGAACUGCCAAUGUGGUGGCCCACGGGUUUGCCAAUCUUUUAACUCUAGACAAAAAGACCCUCCAAGAAAUUCUAGUGCAUUAUCCAGAUUCUGAAAGGAUCCUCAUGAAGAAAGCCAGAGUGCUUUUAAAGCAGAAGGCUAAGACCGCAGAAGCAACCCCUCCAAGAAAAGAUCUUGCCUUCCUCUUCCCACUGAAAGAAGAGACACCCAAACUGUUUAAAACUCUCCUAGGAGGCACAGGAAAAGCAAGUCUUGCAAGACUACUCAAAUUGAAGCGAGAACAAGCAGCUCAGAAAAAAGAAAAUUCUGAAGGAGGAGAGGAAGAAGGAAAAGCAAAUGAAGAUAAACAAAAAGAAAACGAAGAUAAACAAAAAGAAAAUGAAGAUAAAGGAAAAGAAAAUGAAGAUAAAGAUAAAGGAAGAGAGCCAGAAGAGAAGCCACUGGACAGACCUGAAUGUACAGCAAGUCCUAUUGCAGUGGAGGAAGAGCCCCACUCAGUUAGAAGGACAGUUUUACCCAGAGGGACUUCCCGUCAAUCACUCAUUAUCAGCAUGGCUCCUUCUGCUGAGGGCGGAGAAGAGGUUCUUACUAUUGAAGUCAAAGAAAAGGCUAAGCAAUAAAUGUUUGAUUAUCUUUAGAUGUGAUAUAGCUAGUUCCCAAAGUGAUUGUACCUAGGAUUGUAACUUAAAUUAACGAGGGGAAACGACACGCUGGGACCCUUGAGAAACGAAAGGCAAAUCCCUAGCUUAGUUUCUAGGACUUAUCUGAGAGUGUGAUUUCAUGCAGUGGUAAUAAGAAGAUUAUUAAAAGCCAUCCCUAUUCUCCGUUUUCAUUAACUUUAUGCAAUUGCUAUAUCUUCUAAUUGUAUGUAGUAAGUUUCCUUUUCCUUUGGUUCUUUCCUGAUGAUGUCUCUUCCUUCCAGUUUUAUUAGCUUGCUCUUGGCUGUGAUGUGACUCACUAACCUUUUCUCUUAAUUUUUAUUGUGUUUAAUUUCUUCUUUGGCACUCUAAAGCCUGGCUAAUUGUUCUAGGUUUAUGAAUUUCACCUCUUACAUGUAAAGGGUAUAAGAUUUUAAUGUAAUAGGUCAAAAAUCAGAUUAUUUUCAUUCAAAUGAGGAUGAUGAGUCACUGUAAUAUCCAAAAAUCCCCAGCAGCUGGGACUGAAGGGAAGCAGAAAUCAUGAAGCUUUCUGAAUGAGAAGUCUGAUUUUUGGAACAGUCCCCUGAAGACCAAUGUUGGUCGGCAGAAUUAGCAAACUGGCAAAAUCACAUUGCAGGAACAUAUUGGAAAAAUUGUACCCUUUACUAAAGAGAUAAACUUCAAUAUUUUCUCUUCUAACCAACUUAAAAGACACCAAUCUACCUAACUCAUCUGGCUCAAGGGACUUGGACGGGAGGAUACAGGCUAAAGUGACACUUAUCAGAAUCUUCCUCAAGCACAUGCUGGAAAAGAUAUCAGAUUGGAACUUCUUGUUUAAAAUUAAGCUUUAGUAAAACAAAGUGAUGAGGUUAGGAAGGCAGACUCUACACAUGUCAGAUUGACAUAUCCCCACAAUUUCCGGAACCUAUAUGUAUAGCUGUUUACAAAAUCUCCAAGUUAAUUAAGGGCACUUUAGGAAGUUGUCCUCAUGAAUUAGCUAGCAUUAGCAUAAUUACCAAAGUUGCAUGCUGUGAGGAGGCUACAAAGGCCAGGCUGAUGUCGGAAGUAAUAAUACAUAUAGAAUUCCAUUCUAAUAAAUGCCAUUAGUGUAUAACAUCAAGUUCUGUGUAAUGAGGCUAUUUCCAAGUCUCCAAAGAUGGUCACUGUAACAGCACUUUGCUGAGAGGGUUUUAACAAAUCAUAUUAGCCAAAAAGCCUACAACAUAGAUGCAUUUAGCAAACCAUGUACAAAUCAAUCACUAUAAUAAACUGUAUCAUUUGAUAGAGUCACCGUUUUUGCAUGUAGUGUUUGAGUAUCACAAAAUAUAACAAGUUUUACUAAAGGAUGGUUGGUUUUUUCAGGAUUUAAGGGAAUAUGGACAAAUUGUUAAAUAGUAUUUAUUUGAUAAAUGGGAGUUUGUAUGCAGAAAGAGUGAUUGCGUAUAAAAAGGGUGAUUUAAAAACCCAGAAAAAAAAGGUAGAAUAGGGCUGAAGCAUCUGAUAAUAGGAAAAGAAAAGGACAAAAGUCCUCAACUUGUGAGCAAUAUGCUUUCCCUUUACACCCUGUAAUUUAUUCAAAUGAUAUUAAAAUACAAGACCAUUGCAA